GAUGUCCACUAUUUUCUACUCUCACCGGAGACGUGCAAGGUAGAAGAAGUUGAGCAAAAUAAGUCGGUAAAACGUAUUCAUUUGUUUCUCGGGUAUCACAUGCUUCGCUACUCUUCUUGCCGGUAACAAACAACGUGGUGCAUUGAACUACACACGGUGCGUUAUAUCUCUUUGGACAAAGUGACCAUCGAACUGUACUGGACCGCUACCCUAACUGAUAUCGGGCUUUAAUUGUGCGUAUUUCUAGUGUUUUAUCGGAUGUGUUGACUCUCAUCUCCGCUGCUGAGGAUUUCAAUUGGAAUUGUAGAGAAGCUAUGACUUGAAGCGAAAAUUCAAAUGAGGCCAAGAUUAUGAUUCUGAGGAGUAUAGCAUUUCUUCUUAUAGCUGUAUGGCACAGCUCCACAGCAUGUCAAUUCUACCCUCCUGGGGAGUACUUGAGAUUCGUCAGAGUUCCAGAAAAUUUGAAAGUUGGAGAAGAGAUACUUUCAAUACAAGUGCACCCCAGAAAUAGACUUCUUCUUCAACCCAUUGAUAAGAUCGAAGACGUCCAAUAUUUCACGUACCGAGAUGUAAACAGAACAACAAUCUCGCUCUUGUUAGCGAAGACUUUGGAGGACCUGGUUGAUUCGGACCAUCCCAGGAACGUUCUUAAAUUCAGGAUUUCCUGCGACUUCAACGACGGAGAAGAUGUGAUUACGUCCUCGUUGUCCGUAACCGUCUAUGUGGAAGAUGUGAACGACCAUGCACCCGUUUUUGUUGGUACACCGUACAGAAUCACAGUGGAUGAGUUAACACCUGUUGGUUUAACACUCUUCAGAGGAGUAAAAGCUAUCGACAGAGAUAAACCGAACACACCAAAUUCGGACAUCCAAUAUGCCUUGGUGGCCGGAAAUCAGGAAGGAAAAUUCGCGUUGGAUAACAGUCAUCUAGCUUACCUCACUCUCAAGAGGCCGCUUGAUUUCGAUACAGGAGAUAGGGAAUUUGUUUUGACUGUUUCAGCAUCGGACAGAGGUGUGCCACCCAGAUCUGCAAAUGCAACCAUCCGAGUGCUUGUCAUGGACAAUGAUGAUUUGAGUCCGAAGUUCACCAAGGGAGUUUAUAGGACGAAAAUCUCAGAAUUUUAUCCUUUAAAAGGAGAUAGAAUCCACAAGCGGAUAGAUUUCGAUCCACCAAUAUUUGCCUUCGAUCAAGAUGUAGCAAUAGACGCACCAAUAAGGUACGAUAUAAUAGCUGGGAACGAAAGGCACCUCUUCUCUCAAGAUCACGUCAACGGAUCGAUAUUCCUAGAGAGAGAAAUUGAUUUGGAUUCUGAAAGGGCCCUUCCGGGAAACACUUUCGUUUUGCAAAUACAGGCCUCCCAACUAGAUAAUCCUCUGAAAGCAGGUGUAGCUAGAGUUGAAGUGGAAAUAGUCGACUUGAACGACAAUCUACCGGAAUUCGAAGUGGAUUUUUAUAACAUCAGCAUCGUGGAGAACCUUCCGAACGGAUUUAGUGUUUUACAGAUAGUAGCUGUGGAUCAGGAUCAAGGUGAUAAUGCUGACUUUACCUACCAAUUGGACGAUAAAAGUGGGGCAUUCACAUUGGAUUCGAGAUCUGGAUGGCUGACAGUCAGGGACCAGGCUGUUCUAGAUCGAGAGAAGAGGUCCUCAAUAUCUAUGAGAGUUUAUGCUAAGGAAAAAAUGCCGAGUAUGGUUACCAACCAAAUAGGAUCUUCUUCAGUAAAUAUUGAAGUCACCCUUCUUGACGCUAAUGAUAACAAUCCCUCUUUCAUACCAAACAAUUUGUACAAUUUUAUGACAACUACUGAUGUGAGAGAAAAAGAAACUAUCGGAAAAAUACGUGCAGUUGAUCCAGACUUGGGACGAAAUGGUUUGGUGAUGUAUUCGAUUCAGAAGGCUUCGAAUAUUUCAAUCCCCUUCAACAUCGAUCCUAAAACUGGUUCUUUAUACGUUGAACAUACUCCUCCAGUAACAGGAAGGCAUUUGCUGUUUGUUGAAGCUUUUGACCAACCCCAGAAUCCUAGUGAACGAAGAUCUGCCUUGGCAGUUGUCUCGGUUGAUGUUAAGGCACCAAGUUCAAAGGCGAACAAUCAUGGACUUCCAGAUUUCAUUGGCGCACCUUAUGAAUUUUGGGUUGGAGGCAACGUAGGCAUCGGAACAAGCGUUGGACAGAUUCGUGUUACCAAUAUACCGGAUACUAGAGGUUUGAUGUACGAUUUGCUGCACGGUUAUCAUGAGGGUGUGCCCUUUGCAGUUGAAGAGAGAUCUGGAACGAUAACAGUUGUAGAUGAGUUAUCUAAAUUCAAAAGAGAUAACUACGAUUUUGAAGGGGUUGUUACGAACGAUGAGGAUGUUUAUUUGGUAACCAACGUCACCGUUCACGUUGUUGACCCUCAAGAUGAAAAAACGAUACUGAUGAAGACAAGUGCAGCUCCAAUAGAGUUUCAUGUGAAGGAAAACCUACCAAAUGUUCUGAUAGGAAAGUUGGGUUUUAAGAAUACGAGUACAACAUCACUUAAAUUCUCCAUUGCGAAUCAGAAGGACGUGACAGAUCACAUCUCUAUAACGUCUGAUGGUACUCUCUUCACUAUAAAAGCGUUGGAUAGGGAGAUGAGGGAUGUUUACCGACUCACAGUCAUAGCCGAGUUUACCAAAGGUCACACUUCUGGAACAGGUAUUUAUCAAGUAACCAUCUUCGUUGACGAUGAAAACGACAAUAGGCCAAUGUUCGAGAGGACCAAAUAUGAGGGAAGAAUUCGAGAAAACAGCAUGUCAGGCACAGAAGUGGACCUGGAUUACCUGAUUCACGUGAACGACAAGGACAUCGGCGAUAACGGUCAAUUCACAGUGUCCAUGUUUGGAAACGGAAGCGAGAUAUUCAGAUUGGACAAGAACACCGGAAAGGUCUAUUUCAUCAGUGCAGACUCCCCGCUUGAUCGAGAAGAGACCGAAGGCUUCAACCUUUUGCUGGUGGCAAAAGACAAAGGAGGAAUGAGCAGCGAGGCAAAGCUGAUUAUCAGAGUUGAAGAUGAGAAUGAUAACGCCCCUAACAUCAACCAAUUUUACGUGUAUAAAGAGGUCGGAGUUCAAGUUUUGGAGUUCGAUAUGUUGGGAAACAGAGUGGGACACUUUGGCGAGGCCACGAAUGGAUCUGAGGGAGUUUACGUUUUGACCCAGGCUUAUCAAAGGGCUAAGAGACCCAAGGAUAAAUCGUCACCUAUGAUAACAAUUCCAGAAGAUGUCAAUAUAGGUUCCUCCAUAAUAAAACUUGUGGCUCAAGACGCCGAUGCUCCAGAAAACGCUGUAAUCAAAUACGAAAUUGUUUCGGAGAUGCGACUACAAAACAAUAAUCAGGAAUCUCCGAAUUCAAUGCAAUUUUUCAUGAUCAAUUCAGCAACUGGAGAAGUUGGUGUCCUCAAAACACUACCACCCGAAUCAGAAUUUCGUCUUAAUAUAUCUGCCAUGGAUAAGGGAGGAUUGAAAGAUCAUAUUCUAGUCAGGUUGCUGGUACGGGAUAUAAAUGAUCAUCCUCCGGUGUUCAAGAAAUCUUGGUAUAACUUCGACGCUGAAGAGUCUACCUAUUACAGAAGAGUCCUUGGGUCCAUUGAGGCUGUCGAUGCAGAUUUUGGUUCUAAUGCUAAUAUAACUUAUGCGAUAGAUUUCAAAGAUGAAACAAUCGAUCUUCCAUUUUCUAUAUCGCCAACUACAGGUGUUUUGAGUAUCAAUGGGUUGCUUGAUAGAGAGACUCAGGAUAGAUAUCGCUUUUCUGUUAUUGCCAAAGAUAACCCAAAGAAUGGCAGAAGCUUGAGUAGCUCAGUUAGUGUAGAGGUUAACGUGUUGGAUGUGAAUGAUAAUCCUCCAACAUUUUACGGUUACGACGAUGUUGUAAAACUACCAAAAACGAACAAGAAGGAUGAUAAUGAUGUUCAGGAGAAAAUUCCGAUUUACUAUGCCACAAUUGCUGAGAACAGUCCUAUAGGAACCCCGGUGACUAGGGUCUUUGCCAACGAUUCAGAUUUCACAGGAAAUGGCAACGGACUCCUAUUGUUCGACAUCCCCUUCAAAAAAACGAAAUCGAAUCUAUUCAGUGUGGAUUCCAAACAAGGUGUAGUGACAACGAUUGGGAAGCUAGAUUAUGAAACUGAUAAAGUACACAACGUCACAAUCAUAGCUUCGGAUUUGGGAUCACCAAGCUUGAGUUCAACAGCGCUCUUGGUUGUUAAAGUGAUCGACGUACCGGAGGAUCUCAGGCUCUUCGAAAAACCAGUAUUUGCCCAUAGAUACUAUGAAAUUGAAGUUGAGGAAAAUGUUCCAGUGCCGAUGAAAUUGCUCACGUUGAACGUGACUGAUUUUUACAAGAAUUAUAAGUUUAAAUUCAGCAUUGUCGCGGAUAAAAAUGACGACGUGAAGCAGAUCUUCAAAAUCGAUCCUAGAAAUGGCACAUUGUUUGUUGUUAAAAGUCCGGAUAGAGAAAAAAGGUCGAGAUAUGAACUCAUCAUUAAGCUUGAGGAGUUUAAAAUACGGAGAGAUAUGACUGUCAUGGUUUAUCCAGUUUCUGGUGAUAGAUUGGGAAAGUUGGGUUUAAAUGAAGUGAAAGUUAUUGUAAGAGUUACGGAUGUAAACGAUAAUGCUCCUAAAUUCACUACAAUGGGAAAACCUAUAGUUGCUGCCAUACCUGCCUCUGCCAACUACGGAUUCCAUAUCGUACGACUACAGGCUAGGGAUCCUGAUCUAGGCCUCAAUGGUGAGGUUCGUUAUCAGAUUCUGGGACGUGUAGGAGAAUCUUCGAGGAGAUUCGCUAUCGAUCCAGUGACAGGACAAGUGCGCUCCAUCUCUAGUUUCAUCAAAGAUGCUGGAAAGGUUUUCGGUUUCGAUGUGAAGGCUACAGAUCGAAGGGGUGCUGACGAUGGAAAGAGUUCUAUUGCAAAUGUUUUUGUUUACAUAUUGGACGAACAGAACCAGCUCGUUCUUGUGAUGGGAUUGAAGCCCGUCGAGGUGGAAAGGAGCAUAGAUAACAUAACUUCGGCUUUGUACAAUGUAACCGGCUACGACAUACGAAUUAGGAAAUUGGAACCGCAUUCGGAGAGGAAUCAACUGGAGGCCAGCGCAACGGAUAUGUACCUAUACGCUGUAGAUCCCCUGUUGAAUUCAGUGGUAGAUAUGAAUGAUCUGCAACAGGUCUUACAAACUAGACACGAAGAAUUGGAAAGAUCUUUAGAUGGCCCUAAAGUACUUGCUAUAGCUACUGGACCUAUAGAAAGAAGCCAUUUCCGAAGUCAACGAGUUCUACUUUCUUCGGUAGAAGUUGGUGUUGUAAUUUUGGGAUGUGUUGUUUUCAUAGGUGCCCUAGCAACAGCCAUAUGUGUUUUAUGUGUGAGGAAGAAGAAGAAACAAUUGCUGCAAAAAGCUUUCACAAGACCGCUCAGCUAUUCCCUUGCCGCAAACGGAAUAGGCAAACCAACAUUCUUCUCACCAACGUUCAGCGAAGGGCUGUGCUAUGAAACUGAUGGUCAUCGGUCGUCACACAGACAUGGCUACCCUUCAAGACAGCAUGACAUAUCCUGCCCGCGCUACGUAUCCUCUUCAGAUCAUCGUGGUAGAUCCAGAAACUCCGGAGGCCUGAAGAGCGUAGCUUCUUUGAAUUCGAGUGGUCAGGACUCUGGAAUUGUGGAAACUCCGCAAUGCCAGUGCGGAAAUUUGAGCAGUCAUUCUUCGGAAGAGAGCAGCUACGAGGAUUCUCUUCAGUCAGUAGCGGCCCAUAGGAGGGGAACCAGAAGUUCUUCAAUGAGACACAGUAACCCAACAUUGAACGAAAACCCUGCUCCACAAGACCGUCGAUCAAGAAACAGAUCAAUCACAGAAGCCAUAGUCCGACCUUCUGGCCUCCAUCGUCCGAUGUCGAUGACCCAUCUUUCUGGUUCACCGGCAUUUUUAGUUUCGGCUCCAACGCCAGCCCUUAGAAAAUCGAACGAAAGACUGGUACUUUAUCCUGUCAAUCAAUAGUAGAGCUUGCUGUUUAGUUAAUAAAAAAAAACGAACUGAAGAAGCGAACAACCAGAAGUGAUUUCGCUUGUGAUAUAUACUCAAAAUUAAAAAUAUACCUGUCAAUCCAUGUUAAAUACCCGAAGUGAAUCAUUAAUAAUUUUAUUAUUCAUACUCCUAAAACUCAGAGAAAAGGUGUUUUCCAAUAACGAAACAGGAAUUGUUCUCUUGCCUCUUGCCGCAACUUGAAAUCUUAAGUGUUGUGGAAGAAAUUUUGUUACCAAGAAGUACCUGAACUCAUUUUCAACUUCCACAGCGAUCGUGUCUAAAAUUCUUCCUAUGAAAUUGUUGAGUUACCAUCGAAAUUUUCGAAUGUAUAUAUUUGUUAAUAGAAGAAGAUUUUAUAUUUAUAAUUUUAGUGUUGUUGUGAAAUUGUUUUUAUGUUUUCUGUACUUAAAUUAUUCGUCCUAAAACUCCUAAAAGGCCUCUGUGCAAUAGCUAAGCAAUACUCAAUUCAUUGCAUAUUUAUCGAUGAAUGAAAAGUAAAAUGUACAUAAACUCGCUUGUAAUUAAAAUACUAUAUCAAUUA